AUGGUUCGCGUCCUCGUGUUUGGAACUGGAAGUAUCGGCAUUGUCUACUCCAUGAUCCUCACUCGCUCGGGCGUGGAUCUAUCCUGCAUCUGCCGAUCCAACUACAUAGCGGCAAAGGCGAACGGGUUCACCGUUCACUCGACCAUCUUCAGCAGUGAGACGUUCUAUCCAAAACUCUAUCCAUCAGUGCAAAACGUCUCCAACUCUGAAGAAGCGCCUUACGACUAUAUCCUAGUGACGACAAAAGCCUUUCCCCGACAGACUACCGACGGCUCUGUCCCGGCUCUGAUAGCUCCUCUAGUGUCACUAUCUACGACGAUUGUUCUCAUCCAAAACGGGAUUGGGAUAGAGCGGCAGUAUAGUGAACGGUUCCCACACAACCCGAUCAUCUCGUGCGUCGCAUACUUGCCAACUACGCAAACCGCACCGGGCGUCGUUCACCACACGGAGGUAGAACGCUUACAACUUGGUACAUUCCCAGCAGGCGGGGUUCCGGAAUCCCAUCACCACGCAGCUGUGAAGCUGGCCGCUCUUAUGAAGACGGGUGGGGCUACAGUGGAGGUUUACCCAGAUGUUCAAGUAGCGAGGUGGAGGAAAUUGAUCGGAAAUGCCUCGUGGAAUACCAUCUGUGCCCUUUCGCGGUGCCGUGACCUCGAGUUUCUUAAAGCGUCACCUGUCGCAACGAAUAUGGUUCGGAGCGUCAUGGAGGAAGUGGUGGAUGUAGCGGUUGCCGCGGGCUAUGGAUCCGAGAUCGGACUGGAGGAUGUGGCGAUGCAAAUGGACCGGAGCUCUGCUAGAGAGUGGCCCGGAGUUGAACCGAGUAUGUUAGCGGAUGUGAGGUCGAAUAAGCCUAUGGAGGUGGAUGCAAUUGUGGGAGAACUGGUCUACUUGGGGAGAGAGCAUGGGGUCUCCAUUCCACGGUUGGAGUGUCUGUAUGCCCUCAGUUCUGGUCUCAGUUGGAGCCAGAGAGAGACCAAUAGCCAGUAG